AUGCCUUCCAACAUCCCCCCUUCACCAUUGGGCAUCCCCAAUGCGUCAGACGACCCUUCCUCACAGCCAAAGCCAAAAUACGUGGUAUCAAAUUCCGGCCAUGCCGCCCAUCCCGACGACAUCAUUGCGUCCUGCCGGGCGCUGCAGGCACACAUUUCGAAGAUGCAGGAGGACGCGGAAAGGGACCUAAGGGACCUGGAGGAGCGUAUAAGAGAGCGAGAGCUUGCCGAGAAGAGACGGCUGGCGCCGGGAUGGUUGGAUAGCGACGCACGCCUGCUGGAGCCCGAAAGAACCGGACCAGCUGCUCAUUUGGAGCCGAGUCCGCCGACUUCCCUGGGACAAAGCGACCAAGGCGGCAGUGGGGAUAUAUCCAGCGAUGAAGGCGCUCAGCUGGAUCGAGCUUUUGGUGACAUGGCGUUGAGAUAG